GGAAUUUCAAGAAGAGAGGUAGCAGAAGCGGUAUGGAAGAAAUAUUUCGACAAAGCUGCAUGGAGUUGGACUCAGGAGGGUUUUCUUCAAAAGAUUAAUCAGUUUGAGAGGGUCUGGACACAGAAGAACAUAAAAAUGGUUGACUACGUGCGAGGUGAGUGGUUGCCUUGUCAGACAAUGUGGGCAAAGUGCUACACGAACCAUGUGUUUCAUCUUGGUAACACGAGCUCGAAUAGAGUUGAGUCAUCUCACUCUUCAUUCAAGAGUUUCCUUGUGUCUGGUAGAGGAGCGAUUGACACUUGUUUUGCGAAGAACCACAACUACAUGGAACAUCAGUUUCUAGAAGUGGUGAAUGAGCUGCACAAGUCACUUAACCGCAAUCUGAGUAGGGCAAUUGAGCCUCCGUGCACGUUUUUGAGGAGGGUCGUUAGUUGUGAGGCGAUCAAACUGAUGUUAGAUGGGGCGGCGGAGUUGAAGGACCGUUGUGCGUGUCAUUUUCAGAUGACACAUGGGCUCAAGUGUGCUUGCCAGGUUGUUCAAGCUAAGGAAGAAGGACGUCAAUUCUAUGCUCAAGAGUUGCAUGUAUUUUGGCGGACUUUGGAUUAUAAAAACCCCCCACGUCAACAACAAGUCAAUGAUGAAAUUGAGCUUCAACGAGAACACUUUAGGCGUCUUACUGUUGAGGUGGAAGAAAGAGGUCCUGAAGCAGUGAGACAAGCAAGAGAUGCCCUAUUCUAUGGGCUUCACCCAGCAGAGGACAAUGUGAGGGAACCGGAAGUGAAUGAGAAUCCGAGAGGACGGCCUCGAACAAGCACCAGUCGCAUUCGUUCAUAUUAUGAGCGGUCUCGUUCGAGGAGUACUGGGCCUGGUUCGAGUGGAGGCAGGGGGCGAUCGAGUGGAGGUAGAUCCCGAUCGAGUGGAGGUAGAUCCCGAUCGAGUGGAGGCAGAUCCCGAUCGAGUGGAGGUAGAUCCCGAUCGAGUGGAGGUGAAUCCGACGAGCAUGAUACAGAGUUUGUUCGACCUUUGCUGGUAGGCGAUUUCAACCCUAGUCCAGACGGCCAUUGUGGUUUUAGGGCACUUUCUCAUUGUAUUUAUGGGGAUGAUAGUCACUAUCUGCUCAUGAGAUCGGCGAUUGUC